CUAACUUUAACUACAGUAGUUAAUCAUCAUGGCUUUCCAUAUCCUAUUGUGGAAGAAUCGCUCCUAGACUUGAGUACACUGGACGUAGUCUCUUUAGGCAACGCGAUUCUGAAACGCCUUGACUCGAGGAACCAGCACCAUUGAGGUCCAUAUGUGCAAGUGCAGAUUUCAAGCUUAUUUGUUCAAGGUUGGAACGUGGCUCACUACGCAGCCUGAGGUCAGGGUCACUUCAUCGGCAGGCACGUACAAGCACUUCACCGAGCGCUAUGCCCUUCAGAUCUGGAGAGCAGCCGACGGCCAUGAAUUCAUCCUUAAUGAGAGACUAGUCGACUUAGAGGGCGAUACAACAUCCUUCUUGGGGAUGGAGGAAAAAGAAACGGGGCCGCAGCUUAUACGGAUGACCACGGAUGACAGGAUUCAACUCGUUCUCCCUAUAAACCCGGAAGUGGCAGUUAUCUUCUGCGACGAGUCGCGAUGUUGGGAGUCGCCCUUCGCGGACGCCAUCCACCGAGCCAGUAUCCCAUACCUCGCGAAUACCCUGCUCAAGGAUGCGCCGCACAAGGAUAUUAUCAACGUCAAUAUACCAAGCGAGCGGAGGGGCAAGAAGACGUGGCCGGCGACGGCGGCGUGGCGAGUGAGCAUCGGCACCCUGUCUCGACAGCACCACCGAAUCAUUGCGUCUCACUCUCUUGGCCAUGCGCGGUCAUUCCUUGUAGUUCGACACCGGGCGCGAUUUGAGCGAGCCAGGAGAGAACUAGCCGAGUUCCAGCGGGAGAGAGCGGAGACGUGGAAGAGGCAGGGAAUCCGGUUUGGCCAUCUUGACGACCGGCCAUGGCAUCAGACGGAGCGAGCUGCAGGUCUCUCGUAGGAACAAAUAGCGAGGAUAGUAGACAGCCACACAUCUGCGCUACGCGACAUGAACAAUCUCGUCGCAACCAGCCGCGAGCCGUAUACUAAGAAGCAAGGAAAACAGCAUCAGGUGCUGGCAGGCAAUUUCACUCUCGACCGGGCCUCCGGUGCCGGCCUAACU